AUGUCACACGCUACAGAUAACACAAGUGUUGAUUCAGAAAAAGUUAGAGAUUUCGGCGAUGAUUUACAACACCACCCAACAAGAAGUAUUCUUAACAAGAUCCGUUCAAGAGAAUCUGGCGACUUGAAAAGUUUGGUGUCAAACAAGGGUGUGGAAAGGAUAGUCUCAGACUUACAAGAAGGGGCCGGCCAGUUAGGGCCAUUGGAACAGCCAUACGAUAUCCAUAAGGUCGAGACCCACCCAGACCCCCACACAGAUUACAACGACGCUGAUCCAUGGAAGUACCCCAUCGAUCAAGACUCGGGUUUACGUUUGGUGGAUUGGACUCCUGGCGACAAGCACAAUCCGAAAAACAUUUCCAAAGCUAAAAAGUGGCUCUACACUAUGGUGUUGGGUGCAGUUUGUUUUGUCGUCGCUUUAGGGUCUGCCAUUGUCACGGGAGACAUGGAACGACCAGCACAAUAUUUUGGCGUUUCUGAAGAAGUUAUAAUCUUGGCAUCGGUGACUGUAUUUGUCAUUGGGUUUGGUGUAGGGCCAUUAGUGUUUGCCCCAAUGUCUGAAGAGGUGGGCAGAAAACCUAUUUAUGCUGUAACCUUGUUUGUUGCAGUGGUAUUCAUUGUCCCUUGUGGGGCCGCCAAAAACAUCGGCACCUUGAUUGUUUGUCGUUUAAUCGAUGGUAUUGCAUUCAGUGCUCCAAUGACAUUGAUUGGUGGGUCAUUAGCAGAUAUUUGGGAAGGGCCAGAAAGAGGUACAGCCAUGGCCAUCUUUUCUGCCGCCCCAUUCUUAGGGCCAGUGUGUGGGCCAAUCUUUGGUGGAUUAUUAUGCGACCACGCUCCAACCUGGAGAUGGAUAUACUGGACAUUCUUGAUUGUUGCUGGCAUAUUCUACGUGAUAUUCAUUGCCAUAGUACCCGAAACCCAUCACGGUAUAUUGUUAAAAAAGAGAGCAAAAAAAUUGAGAAAGGAUACUGGCGACUCACGUUAUAGAUCAUUUAACGAAUUGCAAAUCAGAACCUUUGGCGAGGUCGCCAAAACAUCCCUCUUACGUCCAUUCGUCUUGUUAUCAGAGUUGAUUGUCUUUUUGAUGACAAUCUAUAUGGCCAUUUGCUACGGUUUGCUUUACAUGUUUUUCUUUGCCUACCCAAUUGUCUACCAAGAAGGCAAGGGCUGGUCUGCUUCAUUGACGGGUGUCAUGUUUAUCCCCAUCGGCGUAGGCGUAAUCAUUGCUACCAUUGCCGCCCCAUUCUUCAACAAGGACUACAACAGGCGUGCACAAAAGUAUAGAGAUAGAGGUGAGUUGCCACCACCAGAACUAAGAUUAAUCCCCAUGAUGAUUUCGUGCUGGUUUGUUCCAGUCGGUCUUUUCGCAUUUGCUUGGUCAUCCUACCCUUGGGUAUCCUGGGCCGGUCCAUGCUUCUCAGGAUUGGCAGCAGGAUUUGGGUUCUGUUGCUUAUACAACCCCGCAAACAACUACAUUGUCGACUCAUACCAACACUACGCUGCGUCUGCUUUGGCCGCUAAAACAUUUGUUAGAUCCAUCUGGGGUGCAUGUGUGCCCCUCUUUACCAUCCAAAUGUAUCACAGAUUAGGCGACGAAUGGGCAACUUCCCUUAUGGCAUUCAUCUCCUUAGCCUGUUGCGUCAUCCCAUACUUAUUCUUCUUCUUCGGGGCAAAAAUCAGAACCUUCUCCAAAUACGCUUAUACCCCAUAG